CCAGGAUCUGCGUCACGCAGGCGCGUGGGAGUGAGAGAGCAAUGUAGCAAGCGCGGAAUAUCCCAAUUCUGGCAGUAGGGGAGAGAGCGGAAACCAACUAGUUUGAGAGUCCCUCCGUAGUUCAAACUACAGAGUGUGUGAGAGUUAAUUCAAUAACACAGAGCCGAAAGACGCGUCGCUGACCCGCCGAACGCGCGGCACGUAACCGGACGUCAGGUGGAGCGUCGCGUAAUUUAGCGGACCGUCACAACUUUAUUAAGCUUACAAGCAGACGCCUCAUUUUGGAGAGUUUUGGUGGGAAAAGACAAAGAAAGAAAACCCUGAGGUAUGGCAGCGACUUUACCCAGAACCCUUGGGGAGUUGCAGCUCUACCGGAUUCUUCAGAGGGCCAACCUGCUGUGCUACUAUGAUGCCUUCAUCCAGCAGGGUGGUGAUGAUGUUCAGCAGCUCUGCGAAGCUGGCGAGGACGAGUUUCUUGAGAUCAUGGCACUCGUGGGCAUGGCCAGCAAGCCGCUGCAUGUUAGACGCCUACAGAAAGCUCUUCGUGAUUGGGUCACGAACCCUGCCCUGUUCAAUCAGCCCCUUACAUCCCUGCCUGUCUGCAGUAUUCCCGUCUACAAGUUGCCCGAAGGGUCACCCACUCUGUUGCCUGGCAAUGGUGCCCGUGGAGACACCCAAGUCAAAGUGCCCAAGUGUUUGGCAGCAUCUUGCGUGGAUCCUGGAAAAGGAGAACCAGGCAACGGUAAUUCUUCGGCCACCGUUUCGCCUCUUCAGAGUGGCAGUGAGCCACGUUUUUGGGCCAAUCACGGCACAGAAAGCGAGCACAGCUUGUCUCCUGCAGAACUGGGCUCCCCGUCUUCCCCACGGGAUGGCCUAGAGGCACUCGAUGCGGCUGCAGUUCAGUCCGUGGCCGAGUGCGUAGAAAGAAUCACUCAGACUUUGCCCAAGAGUGACCCCACAGAGGUCAAAGAUCAGUUGAAGGGAAAUAAGAAGCUUGCCAAGAUGAUCAGCCACAUCUUUGAUAUGAGCGAAGAGGAUCCGCACAGGGAAGAAGAAAUCCGCAAGUACAGUGCUAUUUAUGGCAGAUUCGACUCAAAAAGAAAGGAUGGGAAGCAUUUGACCCUGCAUGAGUUGACAGUAAAUGAAGCUGCGGCACAGCUUUGUAUGAAGGAGGUGGCACUACUGACCCGCAGAGAUGAGCUUUUUGGACUGGCACGCCAGGUCUCCAGAGAGGUCACCUACAAAUACACCUACAGGACCAGCAAAUCUCGAUGCGGUGACAGAGAUGAGCCCUCGCCCAAGAGAAUUAAAACUGAGGAGGGCUGUUUUGACCUCCAGGAGGCGCUGCAGGCCAUUCACAUGCGCCAGGAGACCCUUAAGGAGCAGCUUGCCCACGCCAGAUCUAAAGGAGAGGAGACGCUCGGGCGGAACAUCCAGGUUCAGCUGGAGCGUCUGUUGGCCAAGCAGAUGGAGAUCCUGCAUGACGCCGCAGCGCAGGACAGACUUCAGGCUCUGGAGUGGAGGGUCCCACCAGGCCCCUACAAACACAGCGCAGACCGGCAGAACAGCAACGGCCUCACGGCUGACAAAAACACUGAGCCGCAGGGUGAGAGGCCACUGAAUCUGAGGGUGACCAAUCAGAGGACGAGCAUUUCAGAUGGAGACACGCCCCUCGGAAAGCAGCUGGCCAAUGAGCUGAAGAGGCAUCAUCACGCUAAUGCAGAGAACAAGAUGUCAGCAGCCACAGAAGAAAGAAACUCAAACAGGUUUGGAACAAGUGGAGGAAAACGGCGGAGACGCAUCAUCGCGCGCCCUCAACCUCUCUGAGAAGAAGACCAUCAAAUCGGAGCCGGAGGACUCCAGAUAGCAGCCCCCGAACGCUUUCCCUUCAGACCUACAACAGUACAUGUCGUCUGUCAGUCAAUACUAAAACAAGCACAACUACAGUAGAGCCUUAACAACCAAUGUUGCCUCAAAAUAGAGUUUAUUUUACUUUCUCGCCAUUUUUUGUUUUUUGCCAAAGCACCUAGAGCCCUUAUUUGCAUUCUCCUGAGUAGAUCCACAUUGUUUGUGCUGUCUGCGCCGACUGUGCUCAGUGCUCACUAGUUUAAGUCAUCACUCAUUACUCGUUUUUAACCUCUUCACAGGUGGGCCAUGAGUCCACUAUUUGUACAUACGUAGAAAAUGUCGGUUAAAUGUUAUUUAAAUACUGUAUGUGUUUCGUGUGUGUGUGUGCGCGUGUGUAUAUAUGAAUGCAUGUAAAACUUCACUGAGAUGGAGGGGCGCAGUGUUUUUAAAGUUUGUCGAGAUGCCGAUGUUUUCGUUGGCUGCGUCUGAAAUCACAUACUUCAAUACUAUAUAGUACGUUAAAAACAGUAUGCGAGCCAAGUAGCGUGUCUGAAUUUAUAGUAUUCGAUAAUCAGUAGGGCGAGUACACUGGAAAUAAAAAAAAAGGUUCAUUGAAUUAUUUUAAGGUAUGUGGUUGCAAACAAUUUAUAAGGGCUGAAUUUCAGCAAAAUAAUUAAGUUGGACAUCAUUAAAUAGAAUUUGUUUAUUUAAAUACAGCUUAUAUAAAUAGUUUGCAUCUACUUUCCUUAAAAAAAUGUAGUAAAUCCAUUGAAAAAAUUGACCUAUAUUGACCUAUAACAUCUGGCGAGAUUCUGAAGUGUGCAUCCAAUGGACGCUACGAUAUCCCAUGAUGCCGUGUGAGAUGAAGGAUGACGCGACGGAACUGAUGUGAAUAGGUCAUGUGACAAUAACCAAUGCAGUAGUACUGAAGUGGAUAUAGUAUGUCCGAGUUCCAUUCAUACUACUUGCAUUCCUACAAUAUAGAAUGUUCUAAUGGUUGUGUACUGAAUUCAAAUUCAAAUGUAGUAAAUAGGCGAUUUCGGACGCAGCCCAAGUGAUUGCAUUUUUCUUUAAAGACCCUAUGAAAUCAUUUCCUGUAUUGGCCAUUUCCUGUUUCAAAAGGACCUUUGUUGAGCAUAUCAAGGGGUUUGUCCCUUUUUUUAUUAAAGAAAUUAACAUGAACAGUGCUAGUUGCUGGUCGACAGCAGAUGCAGCCUAAUCUCACGAGAAAACGUAACUAUUUUCAUGUUGCCAGUUUAGUGUCUAAUUUAUACGAAUUUGGACGAGUUGAGUCGUACGAAAGUGUACAAUGGGCUCGAUGCACAGUUAGAGUUUUAAAGCUCUGAUUAUUUCCUUGAUAACUUGAAAGCUUAAUGUGACUAUUUUCACUUUCACAAGGUUGUUUUUACAACAUGGAUGUUGUAAUGUAAUUACAAUACAUUCAGUUAAAUAGACUUAAGCGUACAUUUAGUUGUUCAAGCGUAAAACGAGAUGAAAGACCGUUAUAACCACUAACGCCGUCUAGCAAUAGGCUAGCGCAGAAAUUACUGGGGUUAUAUUGUAUAUCUAACAGGCAGUGAAGAUUGCUGAUAUUUUUUUAAAAAUCAGAUCUUAAACAUGACAAUUUUGUAAAAGAAAGACAGUUCACCGGAAGCCCUUGGGCUGCCUGACUAAAAAUUAAAAGUCCAUGUACAUAUAGCCAGGGCUUAAUUUGUGCCAGAACACGCCGGAUCGGCACCUCUAAAAUCUGAUCCGGCUCCUCAUUUUACUGAUUCCCCUAAUCACCUGUCCUUCCCCGUCCGCUGUUCACUUUCACUUAGUUUCGCAACUCCCCAAAUAUCUUCACUUUUGUUCGCGACAACCAACCCUCACGCACUGCAUAUAGCCCAUUGUAAAAGGAGGCGUGGCACCCAACCCCGUCUCUAAACCCAAUGGUCAUUGGGGAAAAUCAUACUAAAUUGUAAAAAUGAGAUUGGAUGAAUUGAUAUGAAUUAGUCACUAAAUCAAAAUGUUACGAAUUACCAAGAGAUUGUCUUGGCAGCUCUUUUUAUUAGCAGGAGUGAUGUCAUCAUUCUAGAGAGCAUUUGAUUGGACAGAAAUCUGAAGGAUACUGAGAUUAGAGCUACAUGAUAUAGCGAAAUUGAGCAAUUGCAGUAUGGUGAUUAUUGCAAUAAUUAAAUUGUAAAGGCAGAUUUACAUUAAUAUAUAUGCUGCAUAUUUUAGAAUGAAGUAAACAAUAAACAGUCGCAAAUAUAUUUAUUAACCACCAAAAAUGGCAAAAUGAAAGCUUGAAUGUUUACAUUGGAACAUUCAAUAAUGAUGUAAAUAUGGGUAUUGUAAAUUUACACUUGUACUGUAAAGAAAAAAUGCAUUUUAAGCAUUUAAUAAAAUAAUUAUUUGAUGGUUACGUUUUGCCAAAUUGGUCAACUCUAUAUAGAAUGUGGCUCUCAAAGAAAUCUUUUUAAGAUUUUAAAAUUAAUUUGAUAUUUUUUUUAAUUAAACGUAAUGUUUAUAUGCUCUUUAUUUUCCUGCAGUCCCCAACAACGUCAACCCAAACAUUACACCAUUAUAAUUUUUUUCAUAAUUUUGCUUAUUCAAGUAAUCUGGAUGUUAAAAAUCACAUAUUUUUGCACCUUGUUAAAACAAAUUGUUAUCAUUUAUCAGCACACUAGCAUAAAGAUGACCUCAAAUCUUACUAAAAACUCUAAUUCUGAUUUCAUUGGGGUCUUUAAGGGAAUUUUCCUCUGUCAAGAGUUUCUGAUGGCAGAAUCUGAAUAGAAAAAGUCUCUACUAUGGUGCUACAGUCGAACGAAACCCAGGAAAAACUGCGGUACAUGUUGUUGUUGUUGUUAAAACACUGAAAUCUUUUAGCCAGAUGUUUGGCUUCCUUGAAUGAAUAGUAAUGCCUGAUUUAUUCGAUACUAAGCACAAUUAAUAUAUAUUUAUGUAUGAACAUCUAAAAAAGAUAAUACAGACAAGCAUGUCUCCCCUCCUGAACAAUAGUCAUGUAAAUAGUUAAAAAAAACAUUGGCAACUGACUGGACUUGAAAACAUUCCAGUCGCCAUCAUAAUCAUGCAACGUUUUUGUGUAUUCUGAAUAUUUAGUCGUAGAGCAAUACCGGGUAGCUGUUGUCACUUAACUCAGUGAACGUGUCUAGACGUCCCGACCAGGGGACAAAUCACUGUACAGUAUUUCUACUCUGUUCCGUAGUAUAAACAUAGUCUUAGAUUCUGCUAACGUGAAAAUGUAUGUGAAACUGAUAUGCACUAGUGUUUGAUUCUGGAAUUUGCAUCCUACUGCUCAUUUCUUGUGUUUCUUAAUGGUGAUGACAUGUUUUUGUACUCGUGAAACCAUCGGUCACAGUCUCUGUAAGUGUCCCGUGAGGUGAAGUAGGCACAAGAUAAUCAGGUUUUCCACAGUUACGUGUUUGUAAUGUACCGGUCAAGCUGUUAUAUAAUCUGUAUUUGUGUCGAAUGACAAAUACCUCUCUCGUAUCGGUACACAGAGACCGAUUUUUAACGUCCUGAUCAUACACUUCAGUAUUUCAGAGGGGAUAUGGUGUGCUUUUAUUUUUUUAGGAUUGCUUUCAGAGAUAUCGAGUAUGCAAAAUCUUAAUUUAAGUGCCAUUUUAAACAUCUUUUUGAAAGCGUGUGGUGGGUUGAGUGAUGUUGAUCUACUUUUUUGCCUUAGUUUCAAGCAUUCCACAUUACAGUUCUUACCUGGUGGUAGUUUCAUUUUUGACUGGGAUUUGGGAAGUUGAAUGAACAUCUGAGACUUCAAGUUCUAUAAAGCUCUAUAAAAGCACUGAACUGUAAAAAAAAAUGCAGUAAAAGUUUCCAUAUUUUGUGAUUUACUAGUGUUUUCCUUUUAUUAAAGUAUUGUAAAACAAA